CGCAAGUCAACUCAUGAAUGAGGUAAUGGCCACACUUGUGUUCUUUUUUUUCCCUUUUAACCCAUUUUCACAUUCUCCUUUGCCUCCGUCACCUUUCUCAAAAAGAAGAAUCACUGACUUUCAAGUUUUACUUUCGUCCCUACGAUGCAGGAUCUCGAAGUCAACUUGGAAAGUUACGGCUACAUCUACUCGCGCAAGCUGACCGAAGAGGACCGUCACUCGUUUCGGAGCGAUGUCACCUUCAAAGAUGUAACGGAACCUUUGUGUCACUACUAUGACAUUCUACUUGACGACAGUUCCGCCGUUGACGAUCCACAUCUAGGGGCCAGUCUCUCCUACGAGCAGUUCUUCGAAGUUGUCACGUCAGCACCUAACCCGUUGCUUGGAUGCCAUCUCAGGCGCUCGUCACUUAUCCCAGUAACUGAACGUCGUCGUUUCGUCAAGAACGAUGAACGACGUCAAAACUUGAUUUACGAAUUUAUACGGACGGAAAUAAGCUAUGCAAACAAUCUAAAAUCCUUCAUUUCGCUCAUUGUGCAUCCUAUACGAACGCGCACCAAAGACAAACAUCAAACCAUCCUAGGCCUCUAUGAAUGUAACAAAAUUUUUAUGAAUAUCGAGGAGAUCUUGCAAGUGAGUGAAGCGUUUUGCAAGGAUUUAUGCCGAUAUCGCGAUGCGGCCGGUCAGGGCAUCAAUUUUGGCGAUCUGUGCCUCAAACACUUGAAACAGUUUCGUUGCUACCAUAAAUACUUGCUGGGGGUUGAAAAUGCCCAAGCCUUCAACAUUAAGGAAUUAAAACAUAAUGCAUCGUACCAGGCCUUUCUCGACAAAACUAAAGAUAAGCACGGUCCUGAUAUGGGAAAUCAAACAGUCUAUGAUUACUUGGCAUUACCAGGACAACGCGUAGGUCGGUAUACCAUGUUUUUCAAAGAGCUGAUAAAACAUACUACGGAUGAUCAUAUCGAUUUACCUGGAUUGACGGGAUCCUUGGCGGAAGCGGAAGAAAUCGCCAAUAUGAGCGAAGAUUAUCAUACCAAACUGAUCCGUAUAUUUCACAACAUGCUUCAGUCGAUCCAAAACUGUCCUGCUUCAUUACUCAGCCAGCAGCGCAGUCUGAUAUGCCAUUUAGAUGCAACGGAAUUAGACGCGUUAACUUACAAACCGAUCAGUCCGGUAACUCUUUUUCUGUUCACCGAUAAACUGAUGGUGGUACGAAGACCAACCUAUGCGGCCGAUGGCAUGGAACUUUGUGGACUGGAUCACGAACGCGAUAAAUCGGGAAUGGUAUCAUUAUUGGUUCGGAAAAGCGAAUCCAACCGACGGAUCGAUCGGAAAUUAAAAUUCAAGGGAUGGGUCUCCCUGAAUGAUAUUGAGAUCCACGACGGCCACACAGAUCUCGCCGCAUCGUUUACGCUGGUGUACAAUGGCUCUGGGGCAUUAUCAUCUCCGGACGUUGACCCGCAAACGCGUGAUGUGCUCGAAGGCUAUUUCCAAGACGACUGGCUUCGACUGUUUAGUCUUUCUUCACCCGCCACGGAAGGGAAUGCUUACAUUCGCAAAAACCAGUCCACGCUGAUGCACGAGCGGCAAGCCUUUCUGGAACGGUUUGGUCGGGCCAAAGCGAAUCACAGGCAACAAAACGAUAUGGCUUUGCAUUCGUCCUACUGUUUUUGGAAAGGACACCAUUUCUUUGCGAAUAUUUACCGCCUGUCCAAUUAUCAUCUCAUACCCAACAAGAACGAUAUUGCGCUAUGCUAUAUGGAACAGCCUUCGGUUGAUGUCAAAUCUAUACUGAGCAAAUGUUACAUUACUCCGCACAUGAUCGCGCUUCUCUUUGCGCAAUCCAGCGGCAUAUAUCAAUUUUCCAUUCGGAGUAAGUUGUCAGUGGGGUGUGUAACCGACAUGCCGUCACCGACAUUGGAGAUGUCUGCCGAGACUGAAGCCGAUAUCCAGCACUUCCGAGACCAGUUUUUUGGUAACUUACUUGCUUGCGAUAACACAUUGCGACACGUGGGACGAUUAGCCAUAUUAGCUUCGCCGCAUCAUCGUCAAGGCACCAAGACGGUGCGGCAAACCAUUCGACGCGAACUGACCAGUCGCCGCAGCAUGUCCUCUUUUAAGCUCUUUACUGGUUUGGGCAACUCUUCCGCUACUACGCCCAACCAUAAUUUGCAAGCUUCUAACAGCAGCCAGCGCCGUCCCCGCCGUCCCCGCAGUAUGAGCAUCAGCAGCGAAUACGGAAGCUUGGCCCUCGAUACAGAGCUGUCGCGUAACUAUUCUUCCAGUUGCAGUUCUUUUCAAAGUCAAGACAGCGAUUCAAAAAGCGCCCCGUCUACGAGGAACAGGACUGCGGAUGACGAUGACGAGGACCGUUUGGCGUCUAGCGUGUCUGUACGCCAACACAGUCAACUCCGCAAAUCAUCAUCCCAGCGGCAGUAUUUGGAUGAUCUUCACGGCAUGUAUAGUAAACGGCAUGAAGCAAGCUGUUACCGACCCAGUGUUCACCCAAGUCAAACCGUGUCUUACGAAAUUAAGCCUCUGCGCAACAAAUUGACAUCCGAAUCCGACCGUUUAGAAGAACGAGUGAACGUGUUAUGUGCUGCUUUAACGCAUGGGAUCGACCAUCCUGGACCUCUCCAACCCACCUCUUCCUAUUCAUCCAUUUCCACCUCGCUGUUCCGCUCACCGAGCGGGGCUUCCAAUUCAGGAUCGACCACGGAUUACAGCAGCGGCUUUUCUACGUUUGGAAGUCGUUCGAGCACAUCCACAUUCAACAGCCAUUGUGAUACCCCUUUUAACUAUGAAUUAUUCACUAAUAUGACAGAGAUACCCUUUGACAAGAAGGUGAACCAACUUCUUGCCCAAGUCAAAGCUACUACGCCUGAUUCUUUCUUGCAAUCCUCAAUGCCGUUUGAGAAACUUAUUUCGGAGAUGGAUCAAAUGAAAAAAGAGUUUAAUCGUCGCUGGGCAGAUAUGAACCUGAACUAUGAAGAAACAGGCGAAGUUGUACGUAAACUUGCCAGAGAAUUGCAAAAGAAAGAAGAAGAUUUAGCCAAUCUUCAUAUGAAAUACCAGGACGCUAUGGCCGAAAACGAUUUGCUGUACGAGGCAUUCAACGGCGAGCUAGAUCAGAUAUUUUCCAUCGUGGAUCAGCAACCGUCAGAAACGAGCGAAGAAGUGGAAGAUGGUCGUCCAGCUCAUCCGACGCCAGAAGCUCAGAUACGCAAAAAGCUUGAAAGCGCCCUGAAAGAACGCAAUCAAUGGCAUCAAAUCGCUUGUAAAUUGGCGCGAGAACUCCAGGAAUUAAGCGUGGCGUUACGAUUCCCUUUAGACAACACCAUCAUCCCUGAUGAUGCAUUCAAAAGACCUUCACGUGGUAAGGUCCUAUAGAGCUAUUUUGCACUGUUUUAUUCUAUUCAAAUUUUCUUGUUUAAGCUUCAUUUCAUCUUUCAUCACGCUAUCUUGUUUUGUUCUCCCAUGCAAUUACAGAUAUUUAUGCUGAUUUCGUUAUACCCCUUGUCUUUGUUUUCUUUUACCUGUGUUUGUUUGAUUCCCUUGUUUUACCCAUAUUAGCAACUUUGAAUUCCCCCCUUUUUGUUAUUCCCUUCUUUAUCUUAUGGCGUUUCAGCUAUCUGAAGCAGAAAAAAAAAUUAUUACACAAGCUCUGUGAUGACUUGAUCAUUUCUCACUUUUUCACAUGCAUAACGAC